AUGGCACCUAGCACAGACAUGCUUAGCUUAUUGCCUCACUCUUUACUCUCCAUGAUUGUUUCCUUGAUACCGUUCAAGGAAGCCGUAAGAACCUCAAUCCUCUCUAAAAGUUGGAUAGACAUUUUUAAGUGUACUUCCAACAUAGAGUUUGACGAAGUGUUUUUUGUCAAAGAUGAUAAAACCUGUCAAAUCAGACAAGCCCAAAGAAAGGAUUUUCUGGAGUUUGUUACGCUUUGGAUUUCUAAUCACAGAGAAACUCUCGUGGAUAAGUUCUCUUUGAAAUUAUCAAUGCCUGGAAUAGCUAAGAGGGUUGUCAGAAAAUGCAUUGUCUUUGCCACAAACCACAAGGUGAAGGAGUUGGAGUUGGACUUUUGUGACCCAACAUUGGAUUGUUACUCUACUACUAAUUAUAUUAAUCAGGAGGCCUUGUUUGAAUUGCCAGCACAUGUUUAUAGCCACACUUGCCUCGAAUCUUUGAAGUUAUUCUCAUGCAACUUUGUUGAGACUGAGUUUCUUAACUUUCAUGCACUCAAAGAAAUUUCUUUGGGCUGGAUGGAAGUGAAACUCAGUACUAUUAAAACCUUGUUGUCAAAUUGCGGGGCACUUGAGAGUUUAAGUCUCAAGAGGUGCUGGAAUUCAGAUGACUUUGAUUUAGGGGAGGAAAACCCAAGGUUGAGAAAGUUGGUUGUGGACAGAUGCAUGUUUAGAUCUAAUGGUCGUUAUUUUAUAGUCAAUGCUCCAAACUUAGGAUAUUUCUAUUAUUCCGGGUUAAAUAAUGAUUCUUUGGUCAUUAACAUACGUUCCCUUGUCAUGGAAGAAGAAGUUCUUGAUUUCUGUAUUGAGUAUGAAGGGCGUGCUCUUUUUCUCUACAAACUGCUGGAAAAUAUCUCUGGUGUUAGGGCUUUGACUGUGGGCAAUUACUUCCUUCAGGUUGUUCCCACUGGGGGAUGCUUUCUCCGAAUGCCACGUAGCUUGAGUGUGAGGAGUUUGAUAAUGAAGACCUCUUUGGAUCAAAACGAGUUUUUAGGAAUCACGUUCUUACUUAAUACCUGCUCUGAAUUAGAGCAUCUCAUUAUCGAAUUGGGUCUCCCAAAUAAAUUGUUGGAUUAUGAGUUACCAGACAACUUUAAUCCAGAGAGGUUUUGGACUGAUCAUGCAAGAGCUUAUUGUUGCUUGCCCUGGGAGCGUUUGAUAGCAGCCAUGAGGGAGUUUGACACCGGAGGUUCAUCCGCCGCCGGCGAGCGUCUCCACAACAGACAACUCCAGCACACGCAAUUGGAACUGCGGCGACGAAGAGAACUUCCCGCCGCGUGCUGGGCCGCAGACGUCGCGGAGGUUGGAGGAUGGCAUGGGAAGGAGGGCCGACACGGCGUGGCACCGGCGACGCGCAACUGCCACCACGUCGUUCAACGCACGCGCGGCCUCAUCCUCGCAGGGAGAACCAAACUCACAACGCAGAACCAAGAUGGUUAUGUUUCUCUGAAAAUUGAAGAUGGAACAGCCAGAUCUACUUCUACCGCCGCCACUACUCCUUGGUACCAUGUUGUGGUCGUAACUUGUCCCUAG